ACCAAUUGAUGAUUCCUUUGUUGUUCACAUGGCUCUCUCAUCCCUUCCUGAGUCAUUUGAACAGCUUAAGGUGUCAUACAAUACUCAAAAGGAGAAAUGGAGUCUGGAUGAGAUGAUUUCUAUCUGUGCACAAGAGGAGAGCAGGCUGAAUCGUGCAAAAGGUGCAGUGGUGAACCUUGUUGACUAUAAUGCAAGUAAGAAUCCUAUGGUAAAUGCUGGUAAGCAGACUAAGCCUUUUAAUUCCUCCACUACUACUGCCAAUGUUGCUUCUUCCUCUAGAGGACCUCAAAACUUUAGGCCAAAUUUGGAGAAUGUGAAAUGCUAUUUUUGCAAACAAUAUGGACACUUGAAAAGGGACUGCGAGAAACGUAAAAAAUGGGCAGUGAAGAAAGGAAAAGGGAUUUUCAAGAAAAAUGUCAACAAGUAAUGAAGUCUUUGAAGUGCAUGUGGGCAAUGGGAAUAAAGUGGCUGUGGAAGCAAUAGGCAACCUCAAGCUCAAGUUGUCGUCAAGCUUUAUUUUAGAACUUUCAAAUGUACUUUAUGUUCCUACUUUAACUAGGUCUUUAAUUUCUGCUUCAAGACUUGUAAAAGACGGUUUUGCUUUCGUUGGUGAUGAUGAAAGCAUAAGGAUCUUUAUGAAAAAUAAUUUGAG